AGAGAGAGAGAGAGAGAGAGAGAGAAAGAAAGACAGGCAGAAAAGAGAAAGAGAGAAAAAGACAGACGGAGAAAGGGAGAAGCAAGAACGGAAGACGAAACGGAAUCGCUGAGAGGGACGGGACUAUUCGAGCCCGAGUAAACUCGCGCACGUCGUCGCCGAUAGCUUUUCCUCCGCUCAUCGAUGCGAGCCACGACGUGAGAAUCGUCGGACGAGCGACGGCGCGACAACGGACUCCGUCGCCGACGGAUCGCGAGAAAGCGCCGAGCGUCUGGCGUGUACGAGACCACCACAUCGGGAGUCUCGCUGCUCACCGAGCCGAGAGAAAGACGAGAAGAGAGGGAACACAGAAGCAGCGAGAGACGAAGGAGUGGAGUCGAGUCCGACGGAGAGAGUGUGCCAAAGAGAAAAAUCGCCGAUAGAGAGACAAUAACAACGUGGGAGAGAGAAACAGAGAGAAGGAGCCGUUGGUGCCUGUUGGUUCGUUGAUUCAUUCGUUCAUACGUAUGUACAUUCGUUCGCUCGCUCGUUCGUUCGUUGUUGAUUCAACGUGAUACUUAGCACCGACGACGCGAAUCAGUGUUCUCGAGCGCGCCGAGUCUCGCGACAUCCCCAUAUAUCCGGCGACGAGGAAAGGAGGAGAAGGAGAGAAGGAAGAGGAGGAGGAGGAGCACGAGCAACAGCAGUAGUCCGGAAAGUUUUGUUUUGAUCGGCGGAGUCGCGCGGUCCCGCGAUCUCAUUUCCCAUCUCUCUCACCCCGUGCCUCUCGGUGCACGACCACCACGAGCGGCCGCGGGGGUGCCGCCGUCGUAUCGGUGCUGGGGAGAUAUCGAUCGCGCGCGCGGGACCAUUGACGUCGUUCGCCAGCGUUCUGGAGAACGGCUGAACGCGGAAAGGGAGCAAGCGAGAAAGAGGAGACAGACAGAAAGAGAGGCGGCGAGCGACGACGACGGUACUCCCAUCGCCGGCGACCCGGCGCUCGCUAACAACAGCAGCAGCGGUAGCAGCGAGUCUUCGUCACCGUCGUCGUCGUCGUCCUUCAGCAGCGGUGCGCGCGCGCGCGUGCGCGUUCACGCGGCGUGUCCUCGAGUGCGAUCGCGAUCGCGAUUUGGCGCGGCGCGGUGCGGUGCGGUGCGACGCGGCGCGGCGUGUCGCGUCGCGGCGCCGAUCCCGAGGAUCGCCCGCUCGCUCGGCCUCGCUCCCGUUGACGCUUUCGCGCACGAGGAGAUCGAUCGAUACGCGCUGCCUCGGCAGGAACUCGGCCGGCCGACCCGACGUCGUCGACAUGCCCCGUUGAUGAUCCAGCAGGCUGCCCGGCUGCGAGAUCCGUGUUCUUAAUAUUCCAUCCAGCGAUUUUGAAGACUUGUCUCUUAUCCAAGACGUGGUGCAACAAUGGGUCGAAAGAAGAUACAGAUUUCACGUAUCACGGACGAACGGAACCGUCAGGUGACCUUUAACAAGAGGAAAUUCGGCGUGAUGAAGAAGGCUUACGAACUGUCGGUGCUGUGCGACUGCGAGAUUGCGCUGAUUAUCUUCAGUUCGAGCAACAAGCUGUACCAGUAUGCGAGCACCGACAUGGACAAGGUUCUCCUCAAGUACACCGAGUACAACGAACCCCACGAGUCCCUCACCAACAAGAAUAUCAUCGAGGCGCUCAACAAGAAGGAACAUAAGGGUGCCAUGUCUCCGGAGAGUCCGGAACCCGAUGCGAUCGAAUACAAUCUUACUCCGCGCACCGAAGCCAAAUACACGAAGAUCGACGAAGAAUUUCAGAUGAUGAUGCAGAGGCACCAGCACAAUGGCAGCAGGACAAUGGGACAAUCGAAUUACACGCUACCAGUAUCCGUACCAGUCAACAGUUAUGGCGAAUCUCUCCUUGGAUCUAGUCCGCAGAUGGCACACACCAGCAUUUCUCCACGUCCAUCAUCGUCUGAAACGGAUUCAGUGUAUCCUCCGGGCGGAAUGCUGGAGAUGAGCAACGGCUAUCCUCCGUCAGCGUCACCUUUGGGUGGCUCGCCUAGUCCAGGACCGUCGCCUGCGCUCGGAGUCGGCGGGGGUAGUGCGAAUAAAGGCAGCAAUCAAUCUAGGCAUUCGCCGCAACCUCCACCGCCACCACCGCCGCCUCAUCCUCACAGGGCUAAUCUCCGAGUGGUCAUACCGACGCCGCUCGCUCAACCUCUCUCUGAAGACACUAAUUACGAUAAUGCCCAUACGCAGUCCGCGUUGAACACACCGGUAGUAGCGUUACAAACACCUACAGUACCAGCUGGAUACUCUAGUUUCGGACCAACAGAUUACUCCUCGGAUCUCGGAAACCUUACAUGGUCUCAUCAGAGGUACGUUGAUGACUUAUCAAUGUAUUCGGCAGCCACCAUGUCCAGCAUCAGCGGUCUUCCUCAUCUAGCUGUAUCGAGCAGUACACCACCACCGUCUACGUCGCCUUUACCUGUAAAAAUAAAGAGUGAACCGAUUAGUCCACCCAGAGACCCACACGGCGGUAACAGUGGGUCCAACGGGGGACCCAGCAAUGCUAGCAAUCUACAUCACACGAACCUGAAUGUCGGCCCUUCAUCAAGCACCGGUGGUCCGCCGCCGCAUCACGUAUCCCAUCCGGGCCCUCAGACACUGAACUUAGUAUCAAGCAGACCAAGCAGCAAUCCACCUCCGUCCCACUCGGGAAGUAUAACGCCGACAAAUCUACCGUCGCCGGGAAGUGGUGCGGUCGGUGAUAUUAGAACGAACCAUUCUAGCGGUGGCGGUAACGGAGGGAACAGUUCAGACUAUGAGAACGGGCCGCUCAUGAAGCGCUCGAGAAUCACGGAGGGUUGGGCGACUUAAUGUCGAUCGAAUUGUUGCACUCAGUUGUUUCAUACCUCGACGUACAACGGCGCAUAGUGCUUGUGUGAGUUCCAGUAUGUUAAAACAAACUCAUUUUAACGUCUUUGAGACACAUGUAUCUCGUACUUCGUACCGCGAUGAAAACGUUCAGCUGUGGCGGCCCCAUGUCUGUUCUUCGUCGCCGUAGCUGGCGGAGUGGGAGAAAAUCUGUUUAUAUUUUGAAGCUGACACAGAAUAUACAUUUAUUUGAAGAAAAAAAAAAAUACGGUGCCAUAAUGUUGAAACUUUAUAUAUAUAUAUUAUAUAUAUAUGAUAGAUACACAUAUAUAUAUAUUUUCAUGUAUAUAAAAUAUAAAGUGUUGUUUGUAUAUAUGUCAUAAAUUCGUAAUAACUUUCGCGAUAUGGCAUUGUGUCCUUGAUGCUUGGAAAAGAUUCACGCGAAAGAAAACAGUAUGUUAGAGAAUAACAUAGUUCCCAAUCGUGAAAUUUCUGAAAGUGUACUAAUACCGAGUCUAAAGAGCUUGUGAAGAAACCAGCACACAUACGUCACACACACACACAUACACAUACACAUACACCCGCUUUUUAGACGAUUCGCAAUUCACGAUAGAAACCGGAGCACAAUUCUGUCUGUGAUUUUACAUGUUGCUCGAUAAACAGCAAAUUGAGUGUUUUUUUCCACGAAUGGCAGAGUUGUGUCCCGUCUUACGUCGCGAAUUGUACGUCACCCGAGGGGUGGGUUUCAGAUUCAUAAAGACCAGAAUUUACCAUCACAAUUCGUUGUUGUUUUGUAUGGUAUAGUAGUCAGAUAUAAUGCCAUAAUCCGUUAAUAUGACCUCACGCUAAAAGUAGUAUACUUUGUCCGAAAGCUUCGUUAUCGCGCUAUACGAAAACGUAUUCCGUUAAAAAGUAACAAUAAUUUAUCUUUCAGUGAUCAGUUCAUUUGGCAGAAUGCUGAUUUCCUUUUUUUCUUUUUGUUAGUUACAUUCUUCCUCUUACUUUUUCGCUCUCUCUUUCUCUUUUUUUCUGUAUAUAUUUGAACGCAAAAUUUAUAUUGAUAAAAAUUCCACAUUAACAUUUAAUAUUUUUAUAUUGUCAAAUUAACCAAACAACUUUACAAUCAUAGUGAGUCUAUUAACGGUCUAUAUUCGACAAACAUGCGAAAAUCGGCUGCUGUACUCAAAAUAUUCAUGAUAUUCUAUAGAACAAGAUUCGAAAUUAAUAUAUUGAGUUAUGAAGGUAAAUAUGAGAUAGAUAGAUAGAUAGGCAUAUUAUAUAGUGUUGAUUAAUAAAAAAAAAGAUAUACACAUGGACGCGCAUAUAGAUAUAUACAUAUAUAUAUACACGUUAUAUACAUUUUCCACAAGUAUUUUGCACAUUUGAUAACGAGAAAAAUUACGGAGGAAGAAAGCUCGAGAACUUUGCAACCCUUGAAGCCUAAAAACGCGUAACGGGAGUUUACAUACCACUGAUAUAAUGCCGUAUACUAAAAAAAAUUGUGAUUAAACGAAACUUAUCGUAAGAGAAGGAUCGAGAGUGAUAUUAAUAUUAACUUUUAAUCGUAAACUUUCGGUGAAACCAAAAUUAUAUCUAAACGUACUUCUUCGCGCAUUGCAAUCACGAUCUGCCAAUCAUAAUCAGUUGUGCGUAAUUUGUAGCCUCUUUUUAAUGCAACACUAAGAAAACUUCCAGAAUUUGGGACUAUAUAUAGAAAAAAAAAUGAAAUCUAAGAAAAUUCUUCGUCGCAGAGGUUCAUUCUGUGAUAUAUAAGAGAUUAUUAUAGAAAAGAAAGAAAGAAUAUUAUAUUCUUUCCGAUAUCAGAUACGCGAAGAUCGUUUCCGGGCAACAAUUUGUGUAUAAAUGUAAAAUAAAAAAAAAUAGUACUUGGCAAAACAGGGUUGCAAUUGUACGAUGUAGAAUUACCUUCUUCCUGGAAUUAGUGAGGUGAAAAUGUGUCAAGAUGGUUUCAAUGUAUGUUUUACAAUCUCAGGAUGUAUCCUGGUGAGAAUCGCUCUCAAGCGUUGUAUUUGAUAAAUUAUUGUAAUUAACGUACUAAUGGAGAAUAUGCAGGUAUAUGAAUGAAUAGUGCCUGGCACCAUUUGUGGCCCUCCUGUUAGGAUGCUUUCCCAAAUCGUGUAUGCAGUACAAUUUGUUAAUAAAGUCUUGAAAAUAAUAAUUUAAUUAAGCGAUAUAUAUAUACGAGAAACGAUAUAUGAUGUUGUAAGCUUUAUAAUGUGACUUUUUGACAAGUAGUAUGGGAAGGCAACCUCUAUUAUAAUUGUAAUCGAAGAUUGUACGGUGAGGUGAAACCCUCGACAUUCAGUUUCUUUAUUGACGCAUAAUUAGAGAAGUUUCAUACGACUGUACGAGAACAAUCGGUAUGCGAGAUACGAAAGGGGUGAUGCGUAUAGUCACUAAUUUUAAUCACGAAUUUUUAAGAUGAUCACAAAGUGCAAUCUCUUAGCCAACACACUUUUUUAUCAAAGAAAAACAUAUAAAGAAAUUGUUAUUUUUCAUAAUGAAGUAAAAUUUAAUGUAUUAAAGAUAUAUAUGUCUCCACUAGUUAUUAAACUUUUCCUAUUGACGCAAAAUUUAUUAUAUUUAAUUGAUAUUCUAUUAAUAUAUCACGAGGAAAAAAGAAGAACGGGAAACAAUUGUAUAUACUGGCUCGCAGUGAAUGCUUGCAAAUGGUUUAUAUUUUAAAGUCUUGUAUUAUUACGUUGUAAUACGCAUUCGAUCGCGAUGUUAAAGAGUGAACGCGAGUGAAAUACGAAGCGAUUUCACAUUGUUUCGAGGGGAGAGUAUUAGAUUUUCCGUUGCAAUGUUUACGUAAACUUCGGAUAUGAAAUGAAGAAUGGUGUACGUUUCAAUGUCUCUCUCUCUUUCUCUCUCUCUCUUUCUGUCUCAUCGGCAUAUGUUAUAUUUAUAAUAUUUAAAUUUCCUUGGUGCUUAUCUUACAGGAUAUAAUUUAAAUUUAAUCAUAUAUUACAUGUUAUAAGCCCUGUGAACACACUUGUUAAUUCUUUCUUUGAAAAUGCCCUGUUGUGAUACCGAAACUAAACAUGCUCUUUCUGCAUAAUAGUCCAUCUAAGGUCAUUCUGAGUGUUCCGACAUCUCAACACUUCUAUUAGCAGUCACGCAAAUGUGAUGUGAUGAAAAGCAUGAGCAGUACUUUAUAUGCAAGGUUUAUAUGUACUCUAUCCGAUCUAUUUUACCGUAACAUACAGUAUAAUAAUGCAUAGCGGAACCCAUAAGAAUAGGCAAUUUGUUAAAUGUACGUUAAGUACAUGUACGUACACUUCAAUGUAUAUUUUUAAUAUGAAGUACGUGUAAGUUAUAUCUGUGAGAGAGAAAUAAGUUGAUGUAAUAACAAAAAAAUACAGAUGUAUUCAUCUUGAUUGGCACAACUAAUGAUGGAAGUGAAUACAUUGUUAUCGAUGUCGCAGAAUAUAAUCAAGUUUAUAUCCUGUGAUCUCUGCACUGUCUGACCUGAAACGGAUUUGUCGUUUUCGAUGUCAUCGUCAUCGUUGUAGUUUGAAUGGUAAUAGAGAGAUGCGUUGUUAAUUCCGCAGAAAUAUUUCAUAUCCCAGUGACUAGCUGCAACUACGUUCUUCCGCGUGAGGUCUCUUUAUUUUUUUUUCGAGUAACUCAAAACGUUUAUCCGUUUGUUUAAAAUUGCACUGAUUUAUACAAUAAGUUAACUCACGCGAUUAAAAAAAUGACAUUUACUUACAUAUGUUGUAUAUUUUAAAUACUCUCUUUGAUUGCGCGUCGUGGAUCACGAUCAUAUAGUUGUGCCUCAAGAUUUCGACGGAUAUUCAAUACGUAAAAAUAAUGAUAAUUAUUGUAGUUAAAAACUCAGAGACUAUUGAAAUUGUUGGAACGCUGUGAACGAAAUGGACCAUCGUUAGAAGAGCCAUACACAUAAGAUAAAUGAGGUCUACGGAUGGUUAGACGUUUUAUAUUGCAAUUAUAAGUAAGAUUGUUUGGAAAAGGGCCAUUAUAAGGCUUUAGGCAAUGUUCGCAAAUAAUCGAAUUGCAAUUGCACGGCACAAGUACCAGGUCACUGUAACAAUGUAGUAAAAUAAAAUGCAAUGUAUAUGUACUAGCCACAACUGUUGUCACCACAAAUAAAUAAAAAAAUAUAUAUAUAAAUAUAUAUAUAAAUAAAUAAAAAAUAUAUAUAUACAAUUAAGUUUAAA